AUGUCGUCUGAUCCCGAGCAGCCAAAUAUUGUCCUCAUCCUAGCCGACAACCUUGGCUGGGGAGAGCUGGGAUGUUAUGGAGGUGGCAUUCUGCGUGGCGCUGCUACUCCACGCAUUGAUGCUUUUGCCAAGGAAGGUCUGCUCCUUCACAACUUUAAUGUCGAGAGCGAUUGUGUGCCGACCCGUUCCGCCCUUAUGACCGGGCGGCAUCCUAUUCGCACGGGAUGUUUACAGUCGGUCCCGGCCGGCAUGCCCCAGGGUCUGACUCCUUGGGAGUUGACAUUGGCCGAAGUGCUCAAGACGUGCGGCUACUCAACCGCACAUCACGGAAAGUGGCAUUUGGGCGAUAUUCCUGGCCGAUACCCAUCAGACCGGGGAUUUGAUGAGUGGUACGGGAUCCCACGCACGACUGAUGAGACUCAGUUCACAUCAGCCUUGGGGUAUACCCCUGAUGUGGCUGAGCUUCCUUAUAUCAUGAAAGGAAAGGCGGGAGAAUCUUCUGAAAACGUGUGCAUUUACGACUUGAAGGAAAGGAGAAAUAUCGAUGCUACUCUUGUCGACUGUUCCAAGGACUGGCUCAGUCGGCAGGUGGAAGCCAAGACGCCCUUCUUCCUCUAUCAUCCACUUGUACAUCUGCAUUUCCCCACACUUCCUCACAAGGACUUUGAGGGAAAGACUGGCAAUGGGGAAUUUGCUGAUUCCAUGGCGGAGAUGGACCAUCGCGUCGGCCAGCUUUUGGAUCACAUUGACAGCUUGGGCAUCAGAGAGAACACCGUGGUCAUCUUUGCUUCCGACAAUGGCCCAGAGUUCCGCCCGCCGUACAGAGGUACCGCUGGGCCUUGGACUGGCACAUACCACACUGCCAUGGAAGGAAGCUUGCGCGUCCCGUUCAUCAUGCGGUGGCCGGGAAAGGUCCCAGAGAACGAGACUUCCAACCAGAUUGUCCACGUGACUGAUGUGUUUACGACCAUUGUCAAUAUUGCUGGUGGCACGAUCCCAGAUGAUCGACCAAUCGACGGCCUCGAUCAGACUGCAUUCCUCCAAGACCCUGCCAACACAAAGUCACCGCGGGAGGGAUUUCUGUUCUACAUUAAGAAUGAUCUCCGGGCUGUCAAGUGGCGGGAUUGGAAACUGCAUUAUAUUUGGGAGCCCAAGGUCAAUGAAGGCCAGGGCAAAUUGGAGAGUCCAUACCUUUUCAACACGACCCGGGACCCAAAGGAGGAGACGGACAUUUUGGCAUUCAACACUUGGGUGUUGCAGCCCAUCUCGAAAAUGAGGGCGGCGUUUAUGAGAAGCUUAAAGACGGACCCGGCACCGCCCGAUCCACUAAAAGAAGACUUUUAG